CAGAAAUACCUAUUCUUUCUUUCUUUCUUCUUCUCCAAGCAGUGAUUUUCUAUAUUUCUUCUCCGCCAGUCCACGAUAUAUAUCUUUAUAAAUCAAUCAACAACUGUAGAUUAAUUAGAGAUUAAAAAAAGGUUUUUCAUUUUUCAUCAGAUAUGUUUGUUUCUAGGGUUUUAUCUCGAAUCUCCAGGAGCAGUUUCAAUAGCUGCAGAAAUUUGGGUUCUUCUGGACGACAACAGCUUCCGAAGGUUCUGUCUAAUGAUAUCCAUACUCUUCGUUCAUCUAAUAAAUACAUCAACCAGUUAGCUGCCUUCCAGGUGACUGGACUGCGGGAAUCAACCCUCAAUCCCUGCAGCAGCUCGCAACUGUUUUGGUAUUCAUCUUCUGCAUCCCCUGAACAAUCUGAUAAGGAGACCAACCAGUCUGUGAACAGCGAAGGUAAGGCUGAGACAAAAGCUAAUGGAGAUGAUGGAAAUGCACAGCAAACAAAAGCCAAUGAAGCAGAGCAAUCUGAAAGUGAAGAUAUGGAGGACCUAACCAGGGAUGAUCUGGUGAAGCUCGUUGCAGAGAAAGAAGAGAUGCUAAUGCUGCAGACUAAAGAGUAUGACGCUAUGAAAGAUAAAUUUCUGCGAAGCUAUGCAGAAAUAGAAUAUGUCAUGGAGAGAACAAAACGACAAGCAGAGAGCUCAAAAAAAUUUGCCAUUCAGAGCUUUGCAAAAGGCCUAUUAGAUGUCGCUGAUAAUUUGGGGAGAGCUUCUUCAGUUGUGAAGGCAAGCUUUGCUAAGAUUGACACCUCAGAAGACGCUUCUGGAGCUGUUCCACUUCUAAAAACUCUUCUAGAAGGUGUUGAAAUGACAGAGAAGCAGCUCGCUGAGGUAUUUAAGAAGUAUGGAGUGGAGAAAUUUGAUCCUAUGAAUGAGCAAUUUGAUCCAAACAGGCACCAUGCUUUGUUCCAAAUUCCUGAUGGUUCUAAGCCGGCUGGCAUUGUUGCUGCAGUUGUCAAGUCUGGUUACACGCUACAUGAUCGCGUCCUUCGACCGGCUGAAGUUGGGGUUACUGAAGCGUUGGAUGGUGAAGAAAAUUAGGCCGACAGUGAAACGGUUAAAGCUUUGGGUGGGGGACUGAUUACAGGCUUCCUGAAUUUUUGUAUAAUCUUGUGAGGGAGAGAAAUGGUUCCGAUGGCAUCAUUGACUGGAUUCAUAUGAAUAAAUUAUGCUUUCAUCAUGAGAAACUGGGUUCAUAUUAAUAUUGUGUCAUCAUUUUUUUUACUAGUAAAACAGGAUAUGUUCUGUCAGUAUGAAAUACAAGCAUAUGUGAAUACAGAAAUCAAAGUACUCCUCCUUAACUCUUC